UCAUGUUUUGGAAACCUGUUUGACUCACAUUUUGGCACAUUGCCAAAGUCAGGACUUUACUUUCAUUUGCAAAAAGGUCAUUCAUACUUAAUUACUGCAACUCCCUUUGUUCAGGGCUCAGCAGGAGAAAUAUCUCCCAUCUGCAAACAUGACCACGAAACACUGCAGUUCUCGCUACCCUUCACUGGUUUGUAAAAUUUUUGAAUUUAUCCCAGGAUUUUAUCACUUUCUUUAAAGCAAAGAAAGGCCUCUCCUUGAUAUGACUGUUACAAUAGCAAUAAUAAUUUGAAUUAAUUAUCACUUCACUUUCUUCACCACCUUCUGUGUCUUAAUCUUUGUUUUUACUUCGGUAAAGAACACUCUUUAGUAUUGUUUUAAGUUUUUGUUAAUAGUAAUAGUAAUAAUUAUUAUUAUAAAACAAAUGUAAUCGUAAUAAUUUGAUGUAUUUAUAAGACCAGUCGCGCUGUUGUUGAAGGAGGAACAACAGAACCUCAUCUUCACCACACUGAUUUAUAUUUAUUUUAUUUGGUGACCUUAGAUAUGAGUUGUGCUUAAAAUAUUAUUUUCUCACACUCAGACUUAACACUUGGAUGGAAAAGGGAACAUUGCAUUCUUUUUGGAUACCAGUGAUAGUCUUCUAAUUAAUAUAUUCCUUUAAUAGCAUGCCAACGAUACAUCAUCAAACAUGUUUCCUCCCUCAACUUGCUUGCAUGAGUGACAAAAAGCACUGAACUAACAUUAAAAAAGAUGUCACAUAGUUGCAAGACUUCUGCCACGAUGUUCUUCAUCUAACAACUUUACAAAUAAAUGAACAUAUCCUGUCUUGUACUGUGCUGUACAACAGAAAGUAUGUAUGUCUCGACACAGACUGCGGUGAACAGCUCCAUCUAGUGGAUUUUUUGUGAACUGCAAGAUCUGCCUGAGACCGAAUAAAUCAGUCUAACGAGAUCAUGUUGAAACUAAAUACUGGUGGAUAUGCAGCCAAGACAAACAUUAAUACAUUUAUUUUCUGUAUAUUUCGCUUUCUUUCCUUUUCCCUUUAUUAUUUUGGUCGGCUUUCAUCAAAAGGAUUUUUCUUUUUCUCGAGCAACGACCGUUGAUUUCCAUUAAAGGUUCACAUUUUUAACACCUUACACUCAGGUAUACUACUGUUGUCUCCACUCUGAACAGUGAAAUCCUCGAGGUCUUGCGGUGUGAUGGAUCAACGUGAGGAGGACGGUGUAGAUCUCAGUGACGGACAGCAAGAGGUGGAUCAGAAACCCACUGAUCAAUCAGUCCUGCCCACAAGAAACUCAGAUCAGAAGGAUAACAGCGUGGAUGAGUGGGACACUGAUCUGGAAACAGACAAUGCCACCGGCCAGAGACAGAGUUCGUCUCGUGCUGAGCUGUACCUGCAGCUGUGUCGGAAGACAGGGACCAAUCCUGUUUCCUGUUUCCUUGGUGACUUGAGUGAAGCCAAUAUCAACCUGAACCACUAUGGUUUGGGACCUCUGGGGGCUAAAGCUCUGGCCAUAGCUCUGCAGAAUGACACUGUCGUCACCAACCUCGAGCUGGAGGACAAUGCGCUAAGAGCAGAAGGGACACGCUGUGUGAUGGAAAUGCUUCAAACAAACAUCACCAUACGGAGUCUAAAUCUUUCCAACAACCAGCUGCGCCUCGAAGGUGCGGACAUCGUCUCCAGAUUGCUAGCAAACAGUUGCUACCUCACAUCCAUGAAACUCUCUGGAAAUGAUUUUGAUGAUUCUGCUAGUAAACACUUGGCUGAUGCUUUAAGGGAUGAUUUUGUUCUCAAAGAGGUGGACCUCAGCCACAACAAGUUUGGCGAUGCAGCAGGAGAACACCUGGGUCAGAUGAUAGCCUCAAAUUUGGGGAUUGAAGUCCUAAAUCUGAGCUGGAAUCGCCUUUGUGGGCGUGGUGGAGUGGCUUUGAGCACUGGGCUGAAGGUGAACUCGACUCUGAAGCAGCUCCAGCUGGCGUGGAAUGGUUUUGGCCACAUGGAGGCAGAGUCACUGGGUCAAGCGCUGAAACAAAACAACACGCUGGAGCUGCUGGACCUCAGCGGUAACCACAUAAACGAUCAGGCUGUGAUGCUGUUCUGCCAGGGCCUGGCCAGCAACAGUACCCUGAGGGUCCUCAAGCUCUCUUAUAACACUGUGACGAACGUCGGAGCUCUGAGGCUGCUCAAGACAGUUAAAAACAACAAGAGAUCAGCGGUAGAGGAGAUCAACAUUUCUACAGUGUUUGUGCGUGAGGAAUUUGUGGAGCUGUUGGAAGAAGCCCGCCAGAGGCGUCCUGCUCUGGAUGUUCAGUACAGUGUCAUGAGCUCCGUCACCAGGAACUUGGCUGCCAUCCAGAUCUUUCAGAAAUACUUUGAAGAGCGAAGUGAGAGCGUCAUGGAUUUCUUCCAGGCUUUGGAUAAAGAAGGAACCAUGAAGGUUUCCACAUCUGACUUCAGAAAGGCCGUGAAGGCAGCUAAUAUACCUCUGGAUCGGCGACAGCUCGAGUGGUUAAUCAAGAAGUUUGACAAAAACUGCACAGCCACAAUACGUUACAGUCACUUUGCUGAGCUGUCAUAGAUAUGGAGAUGUACAACAGCACUAAGAAGAGGAUCAGAGAUAACAGAGGAGAUAUCUUUAAAUAUAAGUUAAUGGAGUCUAUUUCAUUCUGUUCUUUUUAUGCUGGAAACAUGACUUUGCAAAUUCAGUAGGUCCUCUAUUUUUGCCAUACAAAUCUCACAACGGCACAAUUAUACAUUUUAAUUUAAACAUACUAACAAAGAAGAGGAACUGACAUCACACACCCAAUUGAAUUGACUGACAGGUGUAGGCUAACAGUAGCUUCCUAUGACCUCAGUGACUCCCCCUCCACUAUAGUUCUUUGCUCAACCCAGUUUUGUCCAGUGUGAAUACUUGAACCACUGACACCAACCAGCUGCACCCACCUGAGCGCUGCCAGCUGUGUCCGCCACUGGGCCAUGGGGUCCUCUGCCUCAUUCUCUCCAUCCAAAAAUAAUCUUCUGGUAUGACAACAGGACAAGAGGAGGAAGAAAAAGAGAGCUGGCAUCCAUAUCAAAAGAGCGAGAGGAGGAAAAGAAUAGGGCCAGAUGCAAGCUAGUUGUUUCGCCACAUUGGUGAGCUUUGAAUGAGAUGGCCUGCAAAGGAAACAGGACGCUUAUGAAUAUGCAUGUGCAGCUUUACUUAUGCAGGCCCUGCGGGACAGGAUUAUUAAGGGUGUGUUGAUUGUCUCAAGGUGUGAUAUCAGUGCGAUGUGUGUGUCACAUGGUGUCAGUGGUAACCUCAGCAGAGGCACUGACACAGCACACCAUCUCACCUGCACCUCUUUACUGAGUCGUGUAAACAGCUCGAUACCUUAAGUCCUGGGUCAUCGUGACACAGGACAAGACUUUGAAACUAACCUACUGUUUCAGGUAAUAUACAAUUUAUUUAUUCUUAUCUUCACCCCUGCUUCAUUGACUUCGAUCACCAGCAACUUUUGCCUGGCUUCCAUAUAAGAUCCAGUGUUAUGGACAUGUCAAAACCAUCACUGUCAGUAUCACUUUCUGGGGAGUUAAAGUAGUUUUCAGAGAUGUGAUAUGCUUCAUCAUCGCAUUUCUCUCUGGACCUUCUCCAGGCAGCACAGGCAGUGUGGUCAAAGCCAUCUGAUUCCCUCUUCAUUGUUCAUCUUUGAGGGGGUUGCAGCCUGGCUUGACUUUUUUUUUUUGUAAACAUGAAAAAAAAUGCACUUUCUGUUCUCUAUCAUAAAGACUAAAUAUGCAUAUCUAAAAGUAUUUCAAAUGUUUACUGCUGUCCACAAACGUUUCUAAUGUAAAACACCCCAUAAUCAUUAUAAAAUUAAUAUAGUUAUUUUAUAGUGUUAAUCCCACUCAUUUUGCACCAAGUUCCAGUCUUGUGUUUUGAAUAUGCUUGGAUGUGGGAUUAUGUCUUCUGUGACCUCUCAGAGUAGCCUGCAUGCCUCUCUGUUACCUGACUGUCUGCUUGCUCCAUCUUGAAUCAUCUUUACUUUGCAUCUUUACUCUCUAAACAUCUGUCUCCAUUAUUGCCUCCUAUCUUCUCAUUCCUUCAUUCAGUCUCUGAAAAUAUAAAAAAACAUCUCCUUUUUAAAAACCUGACAUUUAGCUGUUCUCAGAUUGUUCCCUCAGUCAGGUAGUUUGUUUUUGUUAUUGAGCAACUUGGGUGUUUGAAAGGGUUACUUUGCUUUAGUUUGGUUUUCAUUGCUAACAUUAUUACCACCUUAAACUCAAACACAUGUUUUCAAUUGGACUAAAAUACAUUUCUUCAUUUAAUGACACUGAUAUAAUUAGCUAUGAAAAAGACAGAAAAAAUAACAGAAUAAUUUAGGUAAAUUAUCUCUCUGAUGUGGCUUAAUGAAAACAAACAGUUAGCUGCCAAUUUCUAAUGGGCCAUCUUUCAUCUGAAUGGACACAAAGACUUAAAACCCACAUCUUAUUGAGCAGUCCAAUUGGAAAUUCACAGAUUUGGCCAAAUUUUGAAGACGAGACAAAAACCUGCCAACAAACCCUUCAGAUAUCUAUGCACCCACUGGCACACGCUGCCAAUUAGCAUGAUCUCGAAAGCGCUAAUGGAAUCUUGAGCGGUAAUAAAAGUAAAUAAUUAAAUUAAAGGAACCCUUGUAUCAUUGUUUGCUGUAUUCAGGCCCAUUAGGACCUCCAGUAUUCUCAUGGUAAUCUAAUGUUUGGGGUUUUUUGUGUUCUCAUAAUGAAUUCUGUGUUUUUCCUGCAAACAGUGUUGUUCAGACAUUUGUGUAGGUGCUGGCAGAGAAACAAAGACGUACAUUAGGA